AUGAGGCGUAUGUUUAACGACAACGAAGAAGAGGAUACGGGAGGCUAUAUCGCCGGCCUACUGAAUUACUAUCGUGGUGCGGUAAAAAAUGGAACGCUACAAUGUCACGAGCCGAAAAAAAUCAUGGCGGUGGAGGAUGUGGCGCGUGGCGUGCGUCAAAAUUAUGUCGAAGAGCGAGCUACUCAACGCCGCGGGGUAAGACGUCGAGCUGAUACCUCGCCUGAGGCUGGAUCUUCGUCUCGCGCGCAAAUUAUUCUUACGCCGGAGCUUGUCGAUCUUGUGGGCAACGAAUCGACGAGUCAGCCGCCUCCUCGCGAAGUGAGCUCGUUCGAUGAGAAGGAAAUAUUCAGUCCUUUGUACAAUAACGACCAUCAACAGAGUGUAAUAUUACCCGGGGCUGACGAAGACGACAAAGUGGAAGAGCAGGAGGAAGAGCAAGAGCAGGAAGACGAAGAAGAAGAAGAGCAGGAGGAGGAAGAGCAGGAAGAGGAAUUACAGGCUGAGGAGAGGAAUUAUGAAGGAGGGGAUGAACAAAGCCACGAGCAAGACGGAUGGGGAAUGGAUGACAGAGUUCAAACAGGUGGUGGUAGAGAAGAAGAGCCGGAGGAAACUCGGUCGGGCGUGGAAUCGACUAGCGAAACCGAUGACUUCGAAAGAGCGCCGCAGGAAGAGGAAAGAACGGAGGAGGAAACGAGGCGAGCGGAGGAUAUCGAUGCAGCAUUGUCGGCGGAAAGGCGUCGGAAUAAUAAUCAGGAUGAAACGCUUCGAGGUACCGCUAAUGUAAAAAUUCACGUGCCUACUCUCUGCGUCGCGCAGCAGAUUUGCGAAUCGUGCGCGGAAAUAGAAGAUAUGUCGAUGCGGUGUCGUUGGUGCGGUAUCCGCGAAUUUACAUUUCGUCACGAUCCCGUGAUUAAAGAAUUUGUAAAUUUCGCGACGCGUCCGACGACAUAUUUAAAAAAAAUAAUUUGUAUUGCUCAUAACGCAAAAUCGUUCGACACGCAAUUUAUCCUCCGAUAUUUAGUAGAAAGCGGUAUUUCGACAGAACUUCGUGCUUUCGGGCUGGCGAAUACUUUGGAUAAAGGCGUCUUUCCGCAUUUAUUUAACACACUCGAUAAUCAAUUCUAUCUAGGACCGUUGCCGGGCGUCGAGUAUUACUCUCCGGAAACUAUGAAUACGAAAGAACGCGAACAGUUUUUAGCAUGGCACGACGAGUUAACCCAGGCAAAUUAUAUUUUUGAUUUUCAACUCGAGAUAUUGCGCUAUUGUCGCAACGACGUGGAUAUUCUUAGUACAUGGGUAUCGUGCGAAUUGCGCAAAGCGCUUGAAAAAGGUUAUUUCGUGUCGGAGGUUAGCGAGAUUUGGCAGUACAACGCAACACGCUACGAUCACGGUACGCGGCAGGAUGGGUUAUUCGCCGAAUAUAUUAAUACAUUUUUAAAAUUGAAACAAGAAGCCAGCGGGUGGCCGAGUGAAUGUACCGAUGACGAGGUUAAAGAACGAUAUCUUCGCGAUUACGAGGAAACCGAAGGUAUCGUUCUCGAAAGUAACAAUAUCGCGAAAAAUUCGGGAUUAUGUUCGGUCGCGAAGUUGUGUUUAAAUUCUUUUUGGGGGAAAUUCUGCCAACAACUCAACCUAACGAAUACCGAAAUCGUAAAAACUCAGCAACGAUUAGCGAGUUUGCUCACAAGCCCCAAACACAAAAUAACCGAAAUACUGCCGGUAAACGAAGAUGCGAUGUAUGUUUCAUGGCGACUGCGGGAAGAGGCCGACGUUCCCUCGCCUCUUACCAACGUCGUUUUAGCGGCGUACACGACGGCGCUAGCGCGAUUAGUGUUGUAUAAAUAUUUAGAACGCUUAGAUCGACGCGUUUUAUAUUAUGAUACCGAUUCUUGCAUUUAUGUGAGCAGCGGUGAUCCUUCCGAAUACGAGCCGCGUACGGGUAAUUUUUUGGGCGAUAUGACGAACGAACUCGAAAGCUAUGGGUCCGGUAGUUACAUCGAGGCGUUUGUAUCCGGUGGCCCGAAAUUUUAUGCUUACGUUGUUCGCACACCGGAAGGACUCACGCACGAAGUUUGCAAAGUAAAGGGUAUAACCCUAAACUUUGCAAACUCAUGUUUAGUUAAUUUUAAUAGUAUAAGAGAAUUAAUAUUGCAAAAAGAGCGAGAGGAACGAGAAAAGGAAAGUGAAGAAGAAGAAGGAAAGUCACAUCGAUAA